AAACAAAUAAAUACGUCAUCUAUUUAGUUCCGUAUUUAGAUAAUAUAAACGAUUUAAAAAAUAUUUAGAGAGUUAAUCAUAAAUUCAAAUUAAUUUAAAUAUUCGACCUCCCUGUACUUAACGUGAUCAUGUUAACCGAGGAGGAAACGCAGGGACACAACCAGACAGCCGCUCCCUACUCCGGACGUGUUCUUAUUCCUGACGUUAUUCGUCCCCUCUGCCAAUUUCUGUCCGUCAAAGACAUCAAGGAGUGCCGAUUGGUCUCCAAAUCCUGGAAUUAUGCUGCCACCCCUGUCCUAGAAGCCAGGACAGGAACCAUGAUCGACCUGUAUCGUCAACAUUAUCCGGAAAAUUACCCACGAAAUGACAAUGUCGAAGAAAAAGUGAAUUUCCGCCCAGCAAAAAUUUGUAUAUUGAUUGGACCUCAUCUUGACGACGCUCUGCCACCCAUGGAUCGCAAAAUCUUUUCUAGCCUAACAAACCUAAAAGAAAUUUACGUAAAUUUUAUCACUCAACCCCACUCACCAUGGCAGAUGGACUUGUGCGACAAAAUUAUCCUCACAUCGUCCCCCACCCUGGUACAUUUAAGAUUUAUUUAUGAACGCGACCUUCAUUUCCCUUCCCUUGGUGGCACCGUUUUCCCAAAAUUGAAAGAACUAGCGACUUAUCAUAGAUGCCUGGGGGAGCCAACUUCUGAUAAGGCUGUGGAAGAAAUUGGUCACGCUAUUACUACGGGAUCGUUCCCAGGGUUGGAGUAUCUCGAAAUUGACGCUAGCUACUUGUGUGAAAUGUCAAGGAUGGAAAUGUUGCAAAAGUUUCCGAAAUCGCUGAAUUCCUUAAGAUUGUACGGAGACUUGACAACCACUCGGAUAGAAUCUCUACUAAAAAUUCCACAUCCUUUAAAGAAACUUGAAUUUUAUAUGGUUUUCCUCCUUCCAAACGACGAUCGGGAAGACGAGCUGCCCACGGCGUUGUAUAACUUACUCAAGAAACAUGCCCCUACGUUGGAAAAUCUUUAUGUCGACUUGUGGAUUCUGAGGGGUCAAUAUGUCUGGAAAUUCCCGGCGUUUCCGGUCAUGAAGAGUUUUGAAAUCUAUCACACCGCAAAACUGGGAAAAUUUGAGUUUGAAAGUAGCCCCGGCAACUUUGAACGGAUUGGAGGGAGCGUGUGUUUUCCCGUUUUGGAAGAUUUGUGUGUUUUCACGGAAUCAAGCAAUGUUUCCGAUCUGGAUGAAUUUCUUCCGAACGGAUGUCAGGUGGUGGACUGGGUGAGGAAAGUUGUGUGUCUUGUCCACACUUGGGACCACCCGGAAACAAGGAGUCGAAAAUUAACUCGGGAUAAAAUUGAGACACGACUGAUGGAGAUUUUUCCCAAUGCAAUGCGAGAGAUUCGAUAAGACCUGCAAUAAGUGAAGAAGUCUACACAUCCUAUAGUUUGUUACCAGACUGUAAAAUAAAUUCGCUAAGGACGGCACUAUAAAGCCAUCGAAAGGCGUGGCUUCAUGAUGAUUAGUUCAUUCACUUGCCGCGCUUUGUGAUAAUUUGCUUCUCAAGUCGCCCCAUGAAUUUUCGAGCCAAUCAUAAUCAAGCCACGCCUUUCGAUGGUUUUAUAGUGCCGUCCUUAGCGAAUUUGUUUUACAGUCUGUUUGUUACAUUAAUAUUAAUUAUUAUUUUCGAAAAUAUGUAAUAUAGACAUUAUGUAGAAAAUCUGCGGUAUACAAAUUAUUUAAAUAUACGAGUAUAAUUAUUUCCUAAAUAAAUGACUAUGUCAACCCUACCAUUAAUUAUAACUUAGUUAGAUUUAUGUAAAAUAGCAAGGCAUUGUAGUCGA